UGUGUGUGUGUGUAAGUCUCCCCUUCUUUGCCUCCACGCAUCUGACAGCGUCCCUCCCUUUCUCUCCUCCUCCUCCCUCAUUAGGCGUUACACCGGCAGCACACCGACCCACUCCCUGUCCUUCUAACCGGGAAAUAAACACUGAGCGGCGGCAGCAGCGCUGAACUCCCCCGGUGCUCCGUCCACGGUCCUCUGGAUGCCUGUCUGACAGGAGGGUAGGUGCUACUUCUCUGAGGAAACUGAGACGGCCCCUGAAUCGGAAAGGACGGCAAGGAUCUAGGAGGCCUCCCUGACAGCGGGGGGCAGCAGCAAACAUGCAGGACUCAUCUUCUGACACCAAGAUGGCCAAGCAGGAACAGAACUCCAAGCACCAGGAUGAACACAGAGAGGCCGAGGACACAUCUGAGAAGACCUCCCCAAACAAGACCCUGAAAUCUCCUCAGAAAGGUUCAAAGCGCCUUAAAACCUCCACCUUCAAGGUGGCAUUGCUGGAUUCCUCAGAGUAUGAGGGAGAACUCGAGAAGCACUCCAAAGGACAGACUCUGAUGGACAUGGUGUGUGAGCACCUCAACUUGCUGGAGAAGGACUACUUUGGCCUGACCUUUGCUGACACAGAAAGCCAGAAGAACUGGUUGGAUCCCUCCAAAGAGAUCAAGAAGCAGAUGCGCAACUCUCCAUGGCAAUUUGCCUUUGCAGUGAAGUUCUACCCCCCUGACCCGUCCCAGCUCACAGAGGACAUUACCAGAUACUACCUGUGUCUGCAGCUGAGGGAUGACAUCCUGUCAGGCCGGCUGCCAUGCUCGUUCGUCACCCACGCCCUCCUGGGCUCCUACGCCAUCCAGGCUGAGCUGGGUGACUAUGACCUGGACGACCACGGCUCCGACUACGUUGGCGACUUCCGCUUUGCCCCCAACCAGACCCGGGAGCUGGAGGAGAGGGUGAUGGACCUCCACCGAACCUACAAGGGGAUGACGCCCGCAGAGGCUGAAAUGAACUUCUUGGAGAACGCAAAGAAGCUGUCCAUGUAUGGGGUGGACCUCCAUCAUGCUAAAGAUUCGGAAGGGAUCGAAAUCAUGCUAGGGGUCUGCGCCAAUGGUCUGCUGAUUUACAGAGACAGACUGAGGAUCAACCGUUUCGCCUGGCCAAAGAUUCUCAAGAUUUCUUACAAGAGAAGCAACUUCUACAUUAAAAUAAGACCAGGGGAGUAUGAGCAGUUUGAAAGCACCAUCGGGUUUAAGCUUCCGAAUCACAGAGCCGCCAAGAGACUGUGGAAGGUCUGCAUCGAGCAUCAUACCUUCUUCCGCCUGGUCUCUCCAGAGCCUCCUCCUAAGGGCUUCUUGGUGAUGGGCUCCAAGUUUCGGUACAGUGGAAGGACGCAGGCUCAGACCAGACAGGCCAGCGCCCUCAUUGACCGCCCAGCGCCUCACUUUGAGCGCUCUGCCAGCAGGAGGUACCUGCUGUCCAGGAGCUUGGAUGGUGCAGAGUUCUCGCGGCCCGUGUCAUCCAUGUGCGAGAACCACGACGGUCUGUCCCGCCGCAGCGCCAGCGAGCAGCGGCGCCUCCGCAGCCCCUCGGUGGACGAGCAGGAGCAGGAGCAGGAGCAGGAGCUGGAGCCCAGCCUGGAGCAGGACGAGGACGACAGGGACCCAGAUCAGAGCCAGGACAUGGAGCAGGACAAGGACCAGGACAGCAACACCACCCCGAGCAGAAAGAGGGAAAUCAGGGAGGAGGCUGGCUCCCCAGCUGACAGUAAACAGGAGCUCUCUCAGUUGGACCAGGAGACCACUCCUCGGCACAAAAAGGAGUUUCUUGAUAAAUCUCAGGACGUCUUGCUGAAGCACCAGGCCAGCAUCAAUGAGCUGAAGAGGGCCCUGAGGGAACCCAACAGCAAGCUGAUGGCCAGAGAGAAGCAUCUCUCUGCGACGUCUCCGACGGGAACGCCAGAGAAGAAGGCUUUGGGGGGACGUUCAGUGGGAAAAGAUGCUAUUAACAGCCCUUCUGUUGAGGGCUUCGUCCAGAAGGCUCUGGUCACUUCACCUGAGGGCUCUGAGGAGUGGGUAUUGAUUGAAAAACAGCAACCUUAUCAACCAGACCAUGACUGGAGGGCAGAAGAAAAGAACAAAUCUCACAUAUCCGAUACUUCGUGGGAGAAAAAGGAGCUGGAAAAGGAGAUAGACAUUACCAAAAUGAUACAUAAAGAGGAAGCAGGGUAUAACAGGAAAGAAGUGAAAAGCCAUAUUGACGAAUUUCCCUCAGCAAGAACACCUGGAGAGGCAGCUGUAUGCUCCGAGACUUGGCCUUCUGCGAUUCAAUUAUUCGAGAAUGUAGACUGGUUACAAGACAAAUCUCAAAGUAAACUCUCUCAAGCCUCAGGCCCCGAGGCAAACAGUGAUGAAGCUCCAGGUUCACGCCAGAUAAAGGAGAAGAUGGGCUCUAAACUGAGAAAAAAAGGCCGGCCCCAGAGCCUGAAUGUGGGUAUUCCUGCAGAGCUCAACAGGAGCAAUUCCUCCGGAGAGGAAAACGAAGACUCCGACUCGGACAACACAUCAGAAAAAACAUCUAAAAGGGGAGAUCAGAGCGAUGCCUCCCCAGUGAUCAUGAUGAAAGACAAUCAGGCACUAACAAAGGAUCAGUUUGUUGGUGUAUGCAAAGACAACAGGAAAGAGGAAUUUGGAGAGGGCAAAGAGGUUUCCAGUCACAGAGUAGAGCAGGUGAAGCGAAAGGUCAAUCAGAUGGGAAUGGCAACCAUUGAUUUAGGCAUGUUAAAUGGACCAGGGAAAAUAGAACAUGACAGUUCUUUUCCUAGUGGCAAAGUAGAACAUGUGGUGAAGGUACGAGGAAAGGGCCUCAUCGACAACAAAGAGCUAGCAGAGGUAAAACUUCGACAAGUCCGAACACAUGAAAGAAAGGUCAGCAGCUCUGGUGGUGAGGACGUUGAAGGUUUCUUGGGUGACAGAAGUCAGAGGACGUCUCUCCACCGGCUGUCGGGUAGCAGCUACCAGUCAGAGAUCACCAGGAUUGUCCCUCUGAAGCCAGAGCGCUCAAAGAGUGUCGCAUGUAAGGAUGAAAGGGACCACCUGGGGCAGGAAGAGUUCACGCGGCUUGUCAAACGAGAGUAUCGCUGGUCGGUCGGUUCUCCUGAGGGAACCUCUGACCUCCACUGGACUGACACUUCUAGCUUCCAUCCGGCCUUCCCCGGAGACCUGGAGGGUUUCACCACACCGGAAAAUCUUGACGAAGGCUUUCAGACCAGUAGAGGUUCUAUGGAGUACCAGCCGUUUAGUUUAAAGGGUUCAGCGCUUCCCAAAAUGGUUCCGCCAGCUCCGCCAGUGAAAACGCAGAAAGCCAAGGAAUCCGGACUAAUUCUGAGGAAUAGCAGAAAUGCCGGCAGGGAGCAGAGCCUGGAUGCAGCCAAGAAGAGACACUCGGAGCCUGUCUCUACUCCGGCCAUAUAUGAAGAGCCGUUUGGUGACCUAAAGAAAGAGUCCGGGGAGAGGAGGCCUCAGCCAGGCCUCGCCUCGGAGGAGGAGCAGGAGCGGGACACGGUGGCCUCCAUGAGGGACACCCAGCUGGGCAUCGAGCGAAAAUGCUCCAGUAUGACGGUCAGCUCCACGUCCAGCCUGGAGGCCGAGGUGGACUUCACUGUCAUCACAGACCUCCAUUCUGGGACAGAGGAUUUUUCCAAGGGCGGGUCUGAGUUCGGGGAGCGGGAGCGGCAGCCGGAGGUCGGACGGGAGGACUUUGAGGAGACCUCCCGGUUCUACUCGGCCCGCUUAAUGGGCUCCAGGGAUAAGUUCCCGAUGGAGGACAGACUUCCUGAGGAGGGCACCCAUCAUGAGCCUCCAGUGGCCAGGAAAGACGCCAGUGCGGUGAGUGUGGCCCACAAGCUGAAGCGGGCCGACACCCGGACGGAGACGCACACCAACGGAUCCGAGGUUCACCAAAACAUCAGAGAUGUUUCACCACAAAGCCCUGCAGCUGUCAGCUCCCAGGAAACUCCUGCUGCUCCCAAAGAAAAUGGCUCCCCUGUAAAAGCCAGUCCGCAAGGGAGGGAGUCUGUUGUGUCCCCUCUGACCAUCACAGCUGAAAGCAUCACAUCAGCAACCACGACACAAGUUACCAAGACUGUGAAAGGAGGCUACUCAGAGACCAGAAUCGAGAAGAGGAUCAUAAUCACAGGAGACGACGAUGUGGACCAGCAUCAGGCGCUCGCCAUGGCGAUCCAGGAGGCCAAGCAGCAGCAUCCUGACAUGUUGGUGACAAAAGCAGUGGUCAUCAGGGAAACAGAGUCUCCCACAGAGGAGCAGCGGAGAGCAGAGUCCUGAUCCCAGGACAUGAUGGCAUCUCAGAUGAGGGGUCAGGAGGCAGGAAAGGACCCUCCUGCAGAGAAUCUCCUGCCCCACCAAGCAGCAUGCCACCACCCUUCUGCCCCCCGGCCCCUCCCUCUGUGACACACAGACACCUGAACAAACUGCCUUCCAUGAAGCAGCAGAUCUCCCCUCCUGUCCUCUUAGACUAAACCAACUGUGACCCAGCCUGGACACCCCUCACUCACCCCUAUCCCCCUCCAGGAUCAUCAAGCCCCCCAGCUCCUUCAAGAAUGGAAAACCAUCUUCAGUUUGGAAGAUUCAGCAUCGAAUCGGACACCCCCACCACCUCAGAAAUGGAACUGCUUGCUAUUUGAACGUCUGCCGUCACUUCCUCCUCCUCGCUUCGGUUCAACAAACUGCUGUCUUAUUAGCUUUUUACAUUUUUACCUAUAGAGGAUCUAAUUUAUGUUGAGUGUUUGCCUGUUUAUGAAUUAUAUCAGAUGAUUAUAAUCUGCAUGAGUCAAAUAAUAAUAGCAGAGGGAAUGAGAACACAUAUUAAAGCUCUGCAGAGAUGCAGCCCAUAGAAACGCUGACGGUUGAUUGGGCUGCUGGUUCUGGUCCAGCGUCUGGGAACCAACAUGACUGUUUAGCUUUAGGUGACGGCAACAAAGGCAGCGCUGCUCACCAUCUUAGGAUUUGUAGAGGAAUUUUUAAUAUAAAUAUUACAUGUUCUAAGUUUUACAAAUUUGAUGGUAUAUUUUUACUUUUUACUUACUUGACUUUGGUUUAACCUGAACUUCUUGUGUUUUUUUUUAAUAUUGCAGUGACCUCUUUUGUUCUCCUUGGCUUGUCUCGAUGCUGAUACACUGGAGGUUAGCGCAUCUUAAAGAGACGUCGCGAUUCAUGGGCCGGUUAUAAAGCUACAAAAGGUUUUAAAAUUUUACAGUUUGAAAAAAAAACUGAAAUUUUCCACCAUUAUGAUUUAACAGAGUCAAAUACUUUACAUUUCAGCCUCCUGGCGCACAUUUGCAGAAAUGACCAUUUUGGAAACUAAUGCAGAACAAUUCAUUACUUUUAUAAAUCUGAUUUUGUUUUUAAAAAAUAACUUAAAUACUUUACAACUUUAAACUUUUCCCACGAUGCUGUCAUAUUCAGUCAGUCCCAUCCAUACUGAUCCAUGCCUGUCUCACUAAGAAAGCUGUCUUUAGCUUUCACUCUCGUGCUCAACCCCUCCCUCUUGCUCUCUGCUAUGCUACAGCUGGUUCACCACAACAUAAGGCUAGUUAGCAUAUCCACCGAAGACAGUGGGUAAACAGUUUGCUGUAAGUUGUUUUUCUGUAAUCAAAUUUUUGUUGAACUACAGCUCAAAGCAGCCUCUUCCUACAGGUGAUGCACAAUUUGGAGGCGUGUGCUACUAAUUGCCAGCUGAGAUCCCUUAAUGUUUGACCAUAUUUAUUUAAUUUCUCAUAUUUCAUGGCUCAAAAUGAGCAUUAAUUAAAAGUCUCGUGUGUGUCCAGUAUGAAAUGUUUUGGUUAUGUGAAAUGCAACAAAAAAAAGGCUUUUCCUCCAGGUUACCUGCAAUUUGGGGGUGUGUGUGCUACUUCUCUCCAGCUAUGUCUAAAUUUGGUCCACAUUUAUUUAAAUUCUCUGGGUUUUCUUUUUUUUUUUUUUUUAGACAAAACUAGCAUUAAUUGAAAGUGUUGUGUCUGUCCAGUAUGCAUUAUGUUCUGGUUAUAUCCUAUGAUAAAUAUGUUACUCUUUAGCGGAUUCCCUACCAUGUUUAUUCUGCUAAGCUUGUACAAUAAUGAAUAGCGGACGCAAUUCCAAGUCCUGGUAGGAGAAUAUUAAUCAGAGGUGUGUUAAAUAACAGUAGCGAAUGUGAUGUUUAAAAUAACUUCCAGUUUUGGAUCAUAUUAUUUAAACACUCCCUGGAAAGUUGAAAAGCGCCAGAUUAAUUCUGAUCUCUUUGCUUUCUGUUGGAUUAAUUCUCCAGUGAUGAUGUGACUUUGGACUUUUGCUUGAAAGGAGCUGUAAACAUGGCCGCCCCCUGUCCUUCCCAAAGAUACAACACAGCGCAAAAGUAUUCAACCCCAUAGAACUCUCUCACAUUUGAACACAUCUGCAGAGUUCAGAGUGCUGUGGCCGUGAUGCAGCAAAAAGGGUCUAACCAGACAGGAAAAGGUGAGCGCAUAUAAAGAUGCCCUGUCACACAUAUCCAUAUGUUCUGAGUGACCUUUAAUACUAAACUAUGCAUCACAAAUCAGACAUGAAAACCCCCUCGGAGGCGCCACUACCCCUAUUAGCCCUCUAAGUCUGUGCCACUGUCAGCCGAGGCGACGUGGCGCACAGCUUCUGAGGUUCUGCAAUAAGCCGCCAUCUUUCCCAUCCUCUGUCCUCUGAAGGGAGAAAACUGUGAACCCUCACAUGAACCGAAGCGUAACCAAAACCUAGUGAUGAGACACAGCUGUGGAGCGAGGAGAUUCCCCAACACGUGUGACCGUUUUCAUCAUCCCCGCCCGAAACUGCUGACCUGCUGUAGACGUGUCUGUGGAAACGAGGUUCUAAACCUGCUGACUUGUAUAUUCUAUUUUACUGUUUUAUUUUCUAUCGGUCACAUGACACUGGACUGUUGUGAGAGCACUUUGCUUCUGCCAAGCGCUGGAGAAACCGCUGCCGAGUUCAGCGAAGGCAUUGGGAAGUCAAACUGACGAAGGUCCAGAUUCUUUGUGUAAAUGAAAUGGAUCAGAAAGUGAUAAUCUAACGGUCAAAGGUGCAAUAGUGAUAAGAACACAAAAUGGGUGCCUUAAGUUUUGGAGUUGAUUUUAUGGGAGCACUCAUCAGCUGAAAGCAUCCGAGAUUAAACAAAGUGAACCAGAAAGAGCAACUGAGUUUAGAAAGUGGACAAGAGACGAUUCAGAAUUCAGCGUUUUGUUAAAACUGGCAGUUCAGAUCCUGGAUCAGGAGGUUCACUCUCAGCGAAGGCCAUCAAACCGCUGUACCGUUCAGCCUCCACCUUCAGUUCUCCACUGCCGUUUGCUCUACAUUCCCCUAGUGCUUGGUGGUGUGUAUGUGCUGUGUUUGCAUUCAGUUUCGACAGGAAACAAACCUGCAUAAAUAAAUGUGUCACUAUGAUUCAAACUGUGUCUCGGCUUUUACAAUGAGGGGAACUAUGUGUUUUCAUUACAUAUGCUGACUUCUUAUGAAAUCUAUUACAUUUAACAUUAGCAAAACGACUGCAGAGCAGCAGAUCAAACAUUCCUAAGGUCUUGCUGCCAUCUAGUGACUUUUCUGGAGCUAAACAAGCAAGGGAUUAAAAAUAACUGCAUUUUUCUGAGUAUCAAUAGGAAAAAAUAUAUAUAACACACUUUAGCCAAUUCUGUACAAAAAAAUAUAUCAGGAUUUAGGUUACCCUUUCAAUGAAAAUAAUUGUAUGUACCCAAGUUUGCUGCAACCCCAUAAGAAACAAGGUUUUUGCAGGAAAUGCAAACACUUUCUGUUUUUUCAAUUUUUAUUUUUAUUUUUGCUGUAAGAGGAUUUUUGUCAUUAUUGUUUCAAAAUAAAACUAGAGGGGGACUGAUUGUA